AUGCAACGUCGUAAAGAUCUAUACCCUCCCACGUCCGAAAAGUUUGCGGAUCCAGACAUGUUCAGCCCAGAGCGAUGGGAGUGCUGGACUCCAAAGUCUUGGCACUACGUGCCGUUUAACGGUGGGCCACGGAUCUGCAUUGGACAGAACUUUGCCCUCACUGAGAUGGCCUUUAUGCUGGUGCGACUCUUGCAAAAGUACGAGAGACUCGAGUAUCGCGGUGACUGGCCCGCCCAGUACUAUAAGAUGGAGAUCGUGGGGCGUCCCGGCCAAGGCGUCCCUGUGGCUCUGUACGAGGCUGCGACGUGA